CAUUGUAACAAAAAUGAGUCUGAGAAAGUUAAACGCUUGUUCCCGGGAAAAAUGACAACUUUGUUGAAAGUACCAAAUUUGACGAAAGAAAUAUCUUCUGAGUUGCAUUUUAUGCCAGCUGAAAUACAGUACAACGGUUCUGCAAAUGUUAAAUCUUACUUUGAAACAAACAUCCGAAAAAAGUCAGAGAAUAAAAUGACAGCAAGUUUGAGAGGAAGACCUCUUCAUGGAACUAAAUUUGAAGUUCCCUCUGGGUAUACAGGUGUAAUUUUUAAUGAGUCAAAGAAGUCAGUUACUGAAGAUGAUGAGCGUGAACUUACAGCUACUGGAAGUUUUGAUUCAUUCAACUACUGGAAUCUAGAUAGAGAGCCAAGUCAUGGUGACAGGUUACACCAGGCAUUAACUUGGAUUGAUAUAGCAAAAGCUUUACAUUCUCCAGUAGAUAACAGUUUGUCAGACAGCCAGGGAUCAUUGAAGUCAGAAGCAUCAAUUUAAUAUAACAAGAGUUCAUUUUAUGUGAGAAAAAAGAACAUUGUUAAUGCAAUGACUAUGAAGUCAUCAUGUAGGUUACAAUAUUUGUGUCUGUCAACAGUUAGAAUGUUAAGAUUUGUUGCCUUUGUUUAGUGCUAGUAACUUGCCCCUCGCUAUAGUAGUGUCAGAGUAAGAUCAAGGCACAUAUCUUCAUUGCGUAGAAAUCAUUCAUGAUUAAAUAUACCUCAUUGCUUUUUGCUAUUUGAAGAUUUAAUUUUUUUAUACAGUAUAUUUUAAUUUAAUUAAGGAAAUGAAUUUCAAACCAGUCAGUAUAAAGUCAUACAUUAAUAUUUAGUAUAUACAUGUAUUAUAUUUUAAGAAAUUAUUGUGUUUAAAUUUUUUGUAAGGUUUGAAAAUAACAGGAAUAUACUUAUAAAAAGUUUUGUUUAUGAAAGAAUAACUUUAUUGUGUUUUUCUUUUUAAAACAAAAUAUAACUUUAAAAAUUUGCAUAAUAUGCCAUUGUUGGAUAUAAGUGUGAAAACAAAGAAUAAGAAUUUCAUGGAAUAUCUUUGAAAAAUGAAGUAAAUAUUUUUCACAUUGAAGAUUAGACAUUUUAAUUAUAUUACUGCCAUAUAAUUUUCAUUUCUGAUAUUCAUGAAGAAAUUCUUAAAUAGUUAAAAUGUUUGCAGGUUAUAUUGACAAAUUGCUAAAUUUCAGCACUUACCAAACAUGCUAAAGAACAUACUGGGUUACGGUAACUAUGAUGUAGUAUGAUGAGGUAGUCUGUUGUAACGUAUCAUCAUGUAUACACAGAUUAGGGCAUUAAAUCUAAAGUGACAUUUUUUUUCAAAGUCACAUGUUCAAGAAGAGUGUUCUUUGAACAGAACAGAACAUAGAAGAUAGAAUUUUUUUUUGCCAAAGAAAUUGAUUCAUUUUACAUGUAUCUAGGAUAUUCAGAGUGCAUUUAAUUGACUCACAUUAGUGUUUGUCUGUUUGUUUUUAUCUUCAUUAACCACAUGAAAUGUUACAGAAUGAUGUCUUAGGAAUAAAAUUGUAGAUCACUGUUUAUGAUCCAUAACCCUUGCAAGGAUUUUGAUUUCAUUAAACCUAGAAGGCAUUUGCACUUGCAUUCUGGUUUGUAAUUAAAAUCCACUGACCAUGACUAAAUGAUUUAUUUUACAAUUUCUGAAUUUUUAAGGCUUUUACUAUAAAGAACUGACAACAUUCGAGUGCUAUCUGACUGAUCUGAUGUAUAUAGAUAAAUAUUAUGGAAAAACUGUCAAAAUAAUAAGAGGCCUAUGAAAUGAAGGUUAUGGCAAAUGUGUGAAUGUUUUGUUUUGAUUACCAUAUUUUGUGUUCUUUUUUAAUUAAACUGUGUUCAAAUAAAUUAUAUUUUACAUAUA